UCUGUCUUUCUUUCAUCCAUUCUUUUCUCCCGUCCAUCUGUGAAAUUGAAAACCAAAUUUGAAAUUUCCAAAUCCAAUUAACCCUAAAUCUUCCCCCUAUGCUCACGGCGGAGGCAGCUGCUCAGGUACACGAGGGCAUAAAUUUGGCGAUCUCCCGAUGGGCUUCUCUUCGAAUGGCUGUCGAGAAUGAGUGGGGGCGGUUGUGAUUCUGCCCAGAAAUCCCAACAACUCGCCCCAAGUUAUCUUUCACACCUCGUUCAAUCCAAAGGGCUAUUUGGAAAGCAGAUUGUUUGAUGUGGUGAUCCAGUUGCAUGAAUAUAAAAAAGUUCCUCUAGAGAAGAUGGCUAUACUGUGGAAAAAUAGAAGACUUAAUCAUGCCUUUUGUUCUUCACCCAUACAUGAAAUGCUUAUAAGAAAUUUUUAUAAGUACUAUGGUGAACGUUUUAAGUCGGGUAAUUUAGAAAAAACUUGUAUGGCCGAAUUGAAGAUACAAGUAACUGGGUUUAAUUGCAUGGACGAUCAAAUUAAGCAAGCUGCUCUUGGUGUGAUUUCCAGUGCUUCUGAAGUUGAUGGGUCGAAGUUUAUUGCAGCCUAUCUUUACUAUAGCUUGUCCGAAAGUUUGGUUUCAACUGGAAAAUUAAUUGAGCUGAGGUGGGUGGGAGUCAUAACUUAA